AUGGAGAUUAUGGAGGAUGGGAAUUUGGUUGAUCGAGUGAGGAUUUUAUUACAACGGGACAUGCAAUAUUAUCAGGAAAUGCAAACUGUUUUGAGAGAACCGUUGUGCAUACGCAUCAGCGGCGGGAAGCUCGAUUUUCCACGGCACGCCUCUUUCGCCGCGAUUAAAAUAGUCACGUGGUGGGAAGCGGACUUUUCGACCGCUUUCAAGCGCGCUUCCGGAUUGAGUUCGUCCGAAGAUGACGGAAUCGCGUCCAGCGUGGACGACAGCGAGGACGGCGUUAUCAAGCGAAUCCAGCCGAACGAAUUUAUUUCGCUCGUAGUCGACACAGCUGAACAUUUGCUGGAACAUCUGCACACGUUGAUUCAAGAAUCUCUGGAUCACGCCGAUCUCACGGUGCUCACCGCCACUUUGGGCGCAGCAGCGCUGAUACGAAACUGUUUGUGGUGUUACAGCCAGCACGGAAAAGGAACAAUCUCACCUCAAUCCAAUGAAAAAGUUAACAAAUGUUACAAAGAAUUCCACGAGAUGGCCGAGGCCGUGGCGGAGAGAUUGCUCGAUCUGCACUGUCGAUUAAUUUCCUUGUACAUUCUUAACGAGGCGGACUCUCUCAGCUGGCACAGCAAUAAACCAUUCUUCGAAAGGGAGCGAUGCUCCUACGUCAUACAAAUGUGGUGGCUUUACAUGCAAGGUACCAAGGCGGAUUUGUGGAACACGGUUUCGCCCAAAAUGGCGCAGCGUAUAUUUUCCGGAAUGCUAAAUGAAUCCCUAUCCAUCCUAACAACUCGAUUUAUUCACGGCAGACCGUCGCUGACGCGGUCCGAGCAAUUCUGGUCGGACGCCUUCAAUGUGCUCUGCUGCACGGGUUACCUCGCCUUGGGUGCGUGUGUCGACAGCAACGAGAUGAUAGGUGCGCGACCGAACAACUUGUCGACGGCCAUAAGAGACAUACACGCGAAAUGCAACGAACUCUUGAUCUGCCUCCUGCUCAGAGGCACUCCUCUCAAAGAAUUGUAUCAGAUCUUCCGACACGGAUUGGAAAAUCUGGCGAUAAUGCGGCCUCGGCGCGGCCCGGCUCCUUGGCUCUUGAUAUGCGCUCCGAAUUUAUUAGGCGCGAUCGAUUGUCCGGCCGACAUUGUGACGCUGUCCGAUGACAACGCCGUCAUUCUCGAGUUGAAUGUUAUGAGGCAUCAGCCUCAACCUAACUGGCCUCAACUAAUGAAAGUGAUAUCGAUGAACAAUUACGUCGUGGCCAAGAUGGUGCUGAGGAUUUUAGUACGUCAGAACGUGGGCUUCACGUGUCUGGAUGACGGUGACGCAACCGACAAUUCGAAAAACGAGAAACAAAGCUGCGGUGGUUUCCUAUGCAGCGGAUUGGCAUGCGACAAGUCGCUGAAAAUAACUUCGGCUCUGGCGUUGUACAGUUUAUUUCACAUAUUGGUGGUGACCGUUAACAAGCCGGAACGUGUGAUUAUAUCGGCGUUAAAACAAGAUCCACAUUGGUCUAAUUAUUUGGACAGACAACAGGUCUGGAACCAAUCGAGACCGCCCUGGCUCAACGCGCUGGUAAAUCCUUUGAAGACCAUGAUGCAGCCGGUGGUCGAGGUGCUUUUAGAAGCUGCGAGAACAGGUGCCAGCAUAUAUCAAGCUAUGUCUCUGGCAAUCGGGUGCUUCGCCGAGUUGUACGUGACAGCCUCGACUCCCGUCUUGCGCGCCGCUUUCGCAUUGAACGACCACGUUCCCGCGCACUGUCGGCCGAUCGGCGGCAACGUGUUGCUUCAGGUGUUAUGCACCGCUCUGUAUUCCACCCUCCUGAAAGUGUCAACGAGAAACGAGCCGGAAGACAUUCCGACUUACAGUGAGGUCAAUUGCGAGCUGAAUCCUUUUAAUCCGUACAAUCGAACGACCGCCGCUACGGCACUCGCCGAAGCGAUUUGCAGCAUCGACGAAGAUAACAAACACACAGCGCAGAUAGAAUCUUUCGUGCUUCUUGUAAAAGACAGCCUCGAGAGAGAGAAUCAGAAUUCGAGGAACGACGAGUUACAGAACAUGAAUUGUGUCAUCGAGACGUACACGGACGAAUUGCUAUUCACGCACAACGGACGGCGUUCUCUAAAAAUUACAUAUGAGUAUUUAAUCCGAGCGUCCGACUGGGUGUUAAAUAAUUUACGUUGCGACGAAAAAAGCAGACAGACGGAUUUGAUUGAUUUACCGGAAGUUUCGCCCGUCGUUAAGCCUCUCACGUACACAAUGUUCCACAUCGAGGACACGUUCUUUGAUCAGUUUAUGGCCAAUUACGAGGCGACGAGUUGGUCAAAAGUGUUGACGAUGCCUUUGUCGGUGUCUCCUGCGCGCGUGAGAAGUCAAGUUCUUCUGAGACCGGAAUUCAAAACCAUCGGCGACCUCACUCACGAAGAUAAAGAAGUCGUGCAAUCCAUCAAAAGGAUCUGCUCCUUCAUCAGGUCAGCACGUUUUAAAUAAAACAUAUACGUUUAAUUGUAAUG